GAGGAGAAAGAGGAGAGAAGUCAGGGUGGCCCUCAGAGAAAACACGAGACUGAAACAGAAAGGGUACAGGAGACAGAAAUUUGAAGGGCUUUCCUCUAAACAGGACUCUCCACGGACCCAUGUCCUGCUGAGACCCCAGCCACCUAGUGGACCUCGGAAGCCUCGGGAAGCAUCCUCCCCUAUGGCCUCCCUGAGCCGCGCUGUCCGGGCUCUGGCCUCCCGCCAGCCCCUGGCCACCCAGCGAAGUCUUCUGCAGAGGCUGUUGAGCGGGGCCGUGGGCCUGACGUCAGAGAAGAGUGUCCCCUACCAGCGGACCCUGAAAGAAGACAGUCCCCCCAUCCAGGGCCCCACCAAGCCACUCCCCAAGUCAGCCGAUGUUGUGGUGGUUGGCGGUGGCAGCCUGGGCUGCCAGACGCUCUACCACCUGGACAAGAUGGGCCUGACCAAUGUGGUGUUGCUGGAGAGAGAUCGCCUGACUUCUGGGACCACCUGGCACACUGCAGGUCUGCUGUGGCAGCUCCGCCCCAGUGAUGUGGAGGUGGAGCUGCUGGCACACACGCGCCAGGUGGUGAGCCAUGACCUGGAGGAGGAGACGGGGCUGCACACAGGCUGGAUCCAGAACGGGGGCCUCUUCAUCGCCUCCAAUCGCCAGAGGCUGGACGAGUACAAGCGCCUCAUGUCGCUCGGGAAAGUCUAUGGGGUGGAGUCCUACGUCCUCUCUCCUGCAGAGACCAAGGAUCUGUACCCGCUGAUGAAUGUUGAUGACCUCUAUGGAACCCUCUAUGUCCCCAAGGAUGGCACCAUGGACCCAGCCGGGACCUGCACUACCCUCACCCGGGCUGCCACGGCCAGAGGAGCCCAGGUCAUUGAGAACUGCCCCGUGACUGGCAUCCAUGUUCACACGGAUGACUUUGGUGUGCGGCGGGUCACAGCUGUGGAGACCCAGCAUGGCUCCAUCCAGACGCCCUGCGUGGUCAACUGUGCAGGUGUGUGGGCGACCUCUUUGGGGCAGAUGGCUGGAGUGAAGGUACCCCUGGUGGCCAUGCACCAUGCCUAUGUGGUGACCGAGCGCAUCGAUGGGAUCCAGAACAUGCCAAACGUUCGCGAUCAUGAUGCCUCAGUCUAUCUCCGUCUCCAAGGUGAUGCCCUCUCCGUGGGUGGUUAUGAGUCAAACCCAGUAUUCUGGGAGGAGGUGUCGGAUAAGUUCGCCUUUGGCCUCUUUGAUCUGGACUGGGACAUUUUCACCCAGCAUAUUGAAGGCGCAAUCAAUAGAGUCCCAGUGCUGGAGAGGACUGGGAUUAAGUCCACUGUCUGUGGACCAGAAUCCUUCACAGCUGACCACAAGCCACUCAUGGGGGAAGCUCCUGAGGUCCGAGGCUUCUUCCUCGGCUGUGGAUUCAACAGUGCCGGGAUGAUGCUGGGCGGUGGCUGUGGAAAAGAGCUGGCACACUGGAUCAUCCACGGGCAUCCUGAGAAGGACAUGUACAGCUACGAUAUCAGGCGCUUUCACAGCUCCCUCACUGCUGACCGCCGCUGGAUCCGAGAGCGAAGUCACGAGUCAUACGCCAAGAACUACUCCGUCGUCUUUCCCCAUGACGAGCCCCUGGCUGGACGCAACAGAAGGAGAGAUCCGCUGCAUGAGGAACUCCUUCGACAGGGCUGUGUGUUCCAGGAGAGACACGGUUGGGAACGGCCUGGAUGGUUCAACCCUCAAGGGGCUGCUCCAAUCCUUGAUUAUGACUAUUAUGGUGCCUAUGAACACAAGCCCCAUGAAGACUACAGCUAUAACAAGCUGCUUGGAGAUGAAUACACUUUUGAUUUUCCCCCUCAUCAUGAGGUUAUCAAGAAAGAGUGUUUAACCUGCAGAGGGGCAGCCGCAGUGUUUGACAUGUCGUAUUUUGGAAAGUUCUACCUGCUGGGUCCCGAUGCCAGGAAGGCUGCGGAUUGGCUCUUUUCAGCCGAUGUCAGCAAGGCACCAGGAUCUACUGUGUACACGUGCAUGCUGAAUGCACGGGGAGGGGCUGAGAGCGAUUUGACCGUCAGUAGCCUGGCCCCAGGGACCCAGGCACCUCUGCUGGCCCCUGUAUUUGAAGGGGACGCCUAUUACCUGGCUGUGGGAGGGGCUGUGGCCCAGUACAACUGGUCCCACAUCACUUCAGUGCUCCAGGACCAGAAAUUCCAGUGCCAACUCAUCGACUACUCAGAGGAAUUGGGCAUGAUCAGCAUCCAGGGCCCAGCCAGCCGCACGGUCCUCCAGGAAGUCCUAGAGACAGACCUGAGCAACGAAGCCUUCCCUUUCUCGACUCACAAGCUGGUCAGAGCUGCUGGGCACCUGGUUCAAGCCAUGCGAUUGUCAUUCGUGGGGGAGAUGGGAUGGGAGCUGCACAUCCCCAAGAAAUCCUGCAUCCCUGUUUACAAGGCAGUGAUGGAAGCAGGUGCCAGGCAUGGGAUUACCAACGCUGGCUAUCGGGCUAUUGACUCCCUGAGCAUCGAGAAAGGCUACCGACACUGGCACGGAGAUCUACGCCCUGAUGACUCUCCUUUGGAAGCGGGCCUGGCCUUCACUUGCAAACUCAAGACCACCACUCCCUUCUUGGGGCGGGAAGCCCUGGAGAAGCAACGGGCUGCUGGCCUCCUGAAGCGUCUGGUCUGCUUCACCGUGGAUGAGAAGGUUCCUAUGUUUGGAUUGGAAGCGAUUUGGAGGAAUGGCCAAGUGGUGGGCCAUAUCCGAAGGGCAGACUUUGGCUUUACCAUCAACAAGACCAUAGCCUACGGGUACAUCCGGAAUCCUGAGGGUGGGCCGGUCUCCCUGGAGUUUGUGAAAAGUGGUGACUACGCCCUGGAGAGGAUGGGAGUGAGCUACCCAGCCCAAGCUCACGUCAAGUCCCCUUUUGACCCUGACAACAAGAGGAUAAAGGGGAUUUACUGAUGGCUAAGUUCAGGGAUGAGGGACUUGAGUUGUCAGUGAAUGGGGGAAACACAAGUAUUGCUGAAAAAUAGGGUGAAAUCUAAGGAAGCAUUCCUAGCCAUUCCAGGGGGGAGCAUCCAGAUCCCACAUUCCAGAGGGAUUUGUUCCCUGCUUCCUCAAAGAAACAUCCUAGGAUCCACAGGCUGCCUCUCCUGUAAAAAUAUGGAAGAAAUCCCAGAUCUUGAAGACAACUCCUUCCUAACUCUAUUUCACAAGGAGUCCUAAGGGGACCACUAGAAUUGAAACGGAGACUGACCCAAUCAAUCAAUUGUAUUUAUUUAACACAGUGCAAAGCAAUGUACUAAGCACUUGGAUUAGUACAAUAUAACAGAAUUGGUAGAUAGGUUCUCUGCCCUGAAGGAGCUUAGAGUGUACAGGUUACCCAGAUACUCAGGGUGUUACCUGUGGUUAAAAUGAAAACUGCAAGGAACAGCUCUAAUCCAGAACUUUAACAAGGUUUAGGCUCAGAAUUCAAUGACCUAGCAAUAGCCCAUCAAAUUUUCAUACAGAUCCCCACGUGAGAAAUCUUAACAGAGGGCUCUGCACAAAGUAAGUGCACAAUAAAUACGACUGAAGCAAAAUCUGUAGGUCCAGAAAACUAUUCUUGUUUGGACUUGUUUCAAAGGCUCACCUCAGGGAAUGUUAAGUAGUAAAAGUAGUCAAUGGAAUCCUAAUGCUCCAGUAAAAGAUAUCCCCUGGGAAUAUGUUUGUGUUAUCAGGUCUUUACUUUCCCAAAGAGGCAAGCAAUAAGUUGCUGGGCAUCCUUGUUGCCUAGGAACUGAGCAGGAGAUUAUGGCUGGAUCUGAAAAUACCAGAAUACUGGCCCAUUCAUUUCAGUGAGAUAUUUUUCUUGCCACCCUGAAUUGUCCACCAUGAACUAGUCCUUGCCUCUUCUGUGGAUAGACUGGCAUAGAGCCUCUGGAAUUCCUUUGCCUCACCCAACUCUUGAGAAGCACUGUAGCCUAAUGGAAAGAGCACAGCACCUGGGUUCUAAUCCUGGCUCUGCUACUUACGGGUGAAUAACC